AUGCACUUCUUUUCUGGCUUUUGCAUCGCAAGUAUCUUCAGCUUAAUUUCUGCUGCACCUUCUCCUUUAAACAGAAAAAGAGUCCUGACAACCACAGUGACACUUGUGAACCAGUGUAACAAUGUAAUUCAUGUGGGUCAAUUGGGAGACACAGUACUCAACAACGGCAAUCCAAUCAACAUCGCUCGAGGUUCAUCUAAGACAUACAACUUUGACGGACAAUGGUCAGGUCGAUUUUGGGCAAGAGAGAACUGUCAAGCCAACAAUUGUCAGAUAGCCGGAGCUGCUUUUCCGGCUUCUUUAGCAGAAUUCACAUUUAGCGGGACUGGUGGCAAAGAUUACUAUGAUGUAUCGUUUGUAGAUGGAUACAAUUUACCUAUAAGCAUCGAGCCAAUGCAGCCAGUAGAAACACCCACACCGCAGCAAAGCGGAAAGUACCGGUGUGGAGCUCCCAGCUGUAGCACUGUUCCAUCUUGUGCUUCAGAACUGCAGCUCUUGUCUGCUAAUGGUGCAUUUAUCGGGUGCAAAAGUGCUUGCUCACAAUUCGGCAAUCCAGAAUAUUGCUGUUCUGGCAAUAACAAUACACCUGAUGCAUGUCCUAUCAAUUCCUAUGCUGCUGCUGUCAAGAACGCUUGCCCUGAUGUGUAUACCUACGCUUACGAUGAUGCCAGUAGUUUAUAUGAGUGUAUUGCCUCUGGAUACACUGUAACAUGGUGCCCAUAA